GUAUUAUUUAUUCCCUCCCAUUCUCCCCCCAUUCUCCUAUCACUCAACUGCUCAGCCCAUCUCUCUCAAAAUCUCUCUCUCUCUCGAAAUCUCUCCGAUGGGUUUCUUGUGUUCAACGAGAUUCGUCCUCCUGACCCUCCUAAUCUCCGUCAUCCCCAUAGCCAUUCUCAUCUCUCUAGAAUCCGCCACACCUUCCUCCCACCAGUACCACUUCCACUCCUCCGGCUUCCUCCGAGAAUGCUCCAAAUACGACGCCCCCAACAGCCGUUUCAUCGUCUCCUUCAUGGAAGGCGGCCUCGGCAUCAUCCCCAUUUCCAACUCCACCACCACUUCAGUCCUCCCCGAGAUUCCCGUCGUCAAAGACGCCGAUUUAUACACAAAUGCAACUCUGGGUCUCACCAUUGACAGCAAGAGGAACCGCGUCGUGGUAGUCAUAUCGGACUUGUUGGGGAACAAGUACAGCGCUGUUGCUGCUUAUGAUCUCUCUGAUUGGUCUCGCUUGUUUUUAACUCAACUAAGUGGUCCAGGAGAUAAAUCCAUGGGAGAUGACGUAGCGGUGGAUGCAGAAGGUAAUGCUUACAUCACAGAUCUGAAUAAGAGUAAACUCUGGAAGGUUGGGGUUACCGGAGAAUAUUUGUUGCCAAUAGAAAGUCCGAUUUUUUCUCCAGCGGUAUGGUACCACAAGUUAGCAACCCUUAACGGGAUUGUUUAUCAUCCUAAAGGCUACUUAAUAGUUAGUCAUACAACCACCGGAAAUCUUUUCAAGGUAGAUAUAAUGAACAACAAUGAGGUUAAAUUAGUGAAAAUGAUUGGCAAAUCUUUGUCAUUUUCGGAUGGUCUGGAACUAUUAUCUCCGAACAGGCUUGUUGUUGCUAGCAUGUCGGGGAUAAGUUUAGUCGGAAGCAAUGAUGAUUGGGAGACUGCAACUAUACUGGAGAAGGCUCCAGUGGUUAGACACCGUUUGGCCACUGGGGUAACCGUGAAGGAUGCAAAGGUGUAUAUUAAUCACUUGUUUGGUAUUGGAUACCCCAAGAAGAAACAUGUUCUUGCAGAAGCAGUUUUCGCUGUUCUAUAGAAGAAGAUGUUAUUUAAAUAUAUUAACAGGUCCCUUCUUAUCCCAUCACGUAGUCUUGUGUGUUUGUAUCAAUCUUAUGAAAAGGUUGGGUGGUAGAAGAAUGUUCUAAUGCUCAGCAGACCCCCUAGACCUAGAGUUCAUUUAGUUUGCUGUGAGCAUAUGUUAUUCCUUUGGAGACGACAGUAUGUUUUCGUCUCUAGAACACUACCAUCUCGAAAAGGUUUGAAAUCAAAACAUCAAUGAAUUCUGGACCAAAGUGUUCUCAGCCACUUUCUUCCC